AUGGUGAUCUCCAGAAUUCAUUUGAUCACAUGCUUUGUUCUUCUCUCCAACUUUUCAACUGCCCAAAUCACCUUCAGUUUAACAAAUAUCAAUCCACAAAAUCAGAAUCGAGACAUAGUAAUACAAGGUAACGGAGCUAGUAUCUCCGAUGGUGGAAUCCAGUUGACCAGAAAUAUGAAUGGUUCUGAUCAGAGUUUCAACUCCGGACGAGCCAUAUACGUCAACCCACUUCAUCUUUGGGACAACCGAUCGCGGGGGCUAGUAAGCUUCUCUACCAAUUUCACGUUUGUGAUUGAUUCAAAUAGGAGUAGUUCUUAUGGUGAUGGCCUUACGUUCUUUCUAGCGGACAAUAAUUCUGUAAUCAGCCAAGGUGGAGCCAUGGGGCUUCCGUUUAUUUCCACACCAAAUAACGCGAGUAACCGCUUUGUCGCAGUGGAGUUUGAUACGUUUUGGAACUCUGGAUGGGAUCCAGUAGACGGGAGGGAUGUUAUCGUGGGUGAUCAUGUGGGGAUUGAUGUUAGUUCGGUGUCUUCUGCUCGGUUUCAAAAGUGGUUCAGUAAUGUAACUGGUGGUGGUGUGUGUCAAGCUUGGAUUACAUAUGAUGCGGUUUCGAAAAAUCUGAGUGUUUCCUUCACGAGUUUUGAAAAUAAUACGGUGGGACGCCAAGAUGGACUUGUUUACACGGUUGAUCUAAGGCGUGAAUUGCCUGAAUGGGUUAUUUUCGGGUUUUCAGCCGCAACAGGAGCUUCGUUCCAGAUAAAUACGGUGAGAUCUUGGAGUUUUAAUAGUUCGGAUUUUGUGGUUGAUAGAAACACGGAGGAGCCACCGGUUGGGAGCCCUGAUUCUUUCAACCCGAGCCCGGGUAAUGAUACUUUAAUCCCGAGCCCUCAUACAGGAAAGGGGAAAAACAGUAAGGCCGGAUUAGUCACUGGAUUAAGCGUCACAAUUACAUUUGUUGUUGUGCUUGCAUUUGCAUUCGCAUUCGCAUUCUGGAGGAGGAGGAAGAGGAAGAAGAAGAAGAGCAAGGAGGAUGAAUUAGAAGAAAUUGGAUUUGAUGUUGAGAUGAACCAUGAAUUUGAAAUGGGCACCAGGCCAAAACAAUUUACUUACCUUGAGUUAGCUGAAUCGACUAGCGACUUUGCGGAGAACAACAAGCUUGCAGAGGGAGGUUUUGGUCGGGUUUAUAGAGGGUUUAUGAAAGAUUCAAACACAUACAUUGCAGUCAAAAGGGUGUCGAAGAGUUCCAAACAAGGGAUGGAGGAGUACCUCUCCGAGGUUAGGAUCAUUACCCAAUUAAGACAUAAAAACUUGGUUCAACUCACUGGUUGGUGUCAUGAGAAAGGCGAACUCUUGCUUGUUUACGACUAUAUGGAAAAUGGAAGUUUAGAUUCACAUCUUUUCAACGCGAAGAGUUUGUUGACAUGGGGUGCAAGGUACAAAAUUGCUAAUGGUUUGGCUUCUGCUUUAUGGUAUCUACAUGAAGGAUGGGAGCAAUGUGUUUUGCAUAGAGAUAUUAAACCAAGUAAGGUGUUGUUGGAUUCGAACUUCAAUGCAAAACUUGGUGAUUUCGGGUUAGCCAAGUUGAUUGACCACGAGAAAGACACAGAAACAAUGAUGUUGGCACGCAAGGCAACCAAAGAAUCAGACGUUUUUAGUUUUGGAGUUGUUGCAUUGGAAUUAGCUUGUGGUAAAAAAUCGAUUGAGAAGGUUCAAGAAAAGCCACCACCACUAAUAGAAUGGGUUUGGGAGCUCUAUGGGACUAAUAAUCUUAUUGAAGCAGUUGAUCCCCAUCUAGGGUCAGAAUUUGUAGAAGAGGAAAUCAGUCGUUUAAUGAUAGUCGGGCUAUGGUGCGUGCACCCACACGCAGAACUUCGUCCAUUGAUGAGACAAGUGAUUCAAGUACUGAACUCUCAAGCUUCCCUCCCUGUACUCCCCUCAAGCAUGCCAGUGGUAUCAAAUAUGACGUCUCGCAUUUUGUCAGUCUUUGGUGUUGCUUCCAUCAUCUAG